UAUAAAAAUCGUCCCCUGUCGGCAUCUAAUCUAAGAACAGCGGGCCACUGAUUAGUUCCCGUUCCGUGUGAAUUGAGCCAAACCUAAACACAUGCAGACAGUCAGCCUGACCGCAAAUCAUUACACGGAGAAUAUUGACUAAACGUCAGCCAGAGGCUAGCAAAAGGUAUAAUUGCAUCGUAGCAGAAAGCCAGGAAUUAUCAUUCAACAGAAUAUAAAGAAUGAGUUCAAGACCAAAGGUAAUAAGUUAUGGGCAGAGGUAUGUUCCAGUCAUGGGAAUAUCCGACCACAAUGAAAGAAGAAAAAUAAUCAAGGUAUUAAAGGUAUUUGUAGUUAUCAGCACAAUCAUCACCUUGUUGGCGUACUUCAAAUUGUACCUAAUCCACGAUGCCCAAAUAAGCAAGCCAGGUACGAAGGUGGUAAUACAUCAUUCGAAUCCAUGCCGUCACGUGACACCUGAACCGGUGAUCAUCAUGCAGGAGAAAUUUGACAGCAACGACUAUUUUUUCCCGCAAUCGUACAACGAGCGAGUAUGCGCUACCCCAAAUAAGACGGAAAAUAAAGAAAACGAAGGCGACGAAAUUCAGAAAUGUCUCACGGAUUCCGACAAAGCCGAAGGUAAUAUAGUUUAAGAAUGUAAUUAAAAGCGCUGUUACACGGUGCAAUUUCUUAUGCAACUUACAAUUCUACU